UUGCUGAUCAGAGCCAAUAGAAAUCUUGCGGUUUGAUAAGAUCCACAUGCGGGUGACGGAGAAGAGCCAGAACAAGAGUUCAAACACACAGAGAGAGAAAGAGAGAGAGAUGAGAAGAGUGACUCAGAGAGACAGAUAGAGAAGCUGCAUCCCACUGAGCAGGACAGAACGCGUGCAGAGAAACACUUGUGAAGUUCUCCUCCAACUUCUGGAGACACAGACGCAUCUUGGUCCUGACUAAUCCUCCUUCUUCCAUGGGCAUCAGAGCGGCUUUCAGUCCACGACCCACACACACAGCACCCUAACCACUGCCGGAAUACACACACACACACACACAAACACACACACUUACACUCACACACACUGAGAACUGGACCACUGAAAACGAGAGGAUGUGCUGUAAGCUGCUCUUUUGGGUUCUCCUGGCCGGUGUGCUGUGUGCCGUGUCUGAGAGUCGCAAGGACCGCAUGCAGGGCUCAAUCCCAUCACCGUACAAAACCAGCUCGAACACAUCCGAUCGCCGUGGCCGAAAACAGGAAGUGCUGGCCUCCAGUCAGGAAGCCCUCGUGGUGACGGAGAGGAAGUACUUGAAGAGCGACUGGUGCAAGACGCAGCCUCUGAGGCAGACGGUUAACCACGAGGGUUGCUUGAGCCGCACAGUAAUCAACCGCUUCUGCUACGGCCAGUGCAACUCCUUCUAUAUCCCGCGGCAUGUGAAGAAGGAGCAGGAAUCGUUCCAGUCGUGUGCCUUCUGCCGGCCGCACCGCUUCACUACACUCACGGUGGAGCUGGACUGCCCUGAGCUGCAGCCACCCUUCCGGCACCGAAAGAUCCAGCGGGUCAAACAGUGCCGGUGUAUUUCUGUAAACGUGGCUGACUCUGGGAAACAGUAAAACUGAAAAACUACGGCAACCUGCUCAGGAUGCUGGACUGAAGAAAAAUAUAAAUAAAAUAUAUAUUUGACAGUUUUUUUUGUAGAAUUUGGUACUUAAUAUAGGCAGAGGCAAAAGCUGCUAAUCUUGAGAUGUCUGAUGCUGUCCAUAUAACAAGACAGGAUUUAUUGAUGUAGUUCGUCAUUUUUUUUUUUCUUUUUGUUUGUAUAAAGUUUGCAUCUCAAGAUUGAUGCUUCCUGAAAGGACGGAAAAAAAAAAAAAAAACUUGUUGAAGGAGAAAAACUGAACGAUUGCGUUCUCCAAUGCUGCCUAUACCCACCUGCCCCACACAUUCUUGGACAGAAACGCCACCCGUCUGAAACAAGCUGCUGAAAAGUAAAGCACGGCGUCCGAGUUGUAUUUGGAUCUUGUGCUGACGUGAUUACUUGACAGCAUCAGACACUAUAUGUACGAUAUACAGAAAUAGAAGACUUUCCAAAGGUUUUGGAGAAAAUGAAGUGGUGUAGCUGCUGAACUGUCAGUAAUGGGACAGGUGGAGGAGAGACUUGAAUUGGCCAAUCAUGCUGCUUGCAGUGACUUCAAAUUAAGCCUUAUUCAAUGAAUAUAACGUAUUAUUAGACCGAGUAUAAUAGAGAUUAUAUAUAAUGAUGGUACACUAAAUGUAUAUAUCUAGAGAAAGAAAUGAACUCUAUUAAAAUCUAUUUCAAAUAGAAUCCUGCUUUUGCUUCAUCUUAAAAAAAACAAACAAAAAAAACCUCCAGACAUUAUUUAUCCUAAUGAUAAAAAUUCAUUCAUAUAUGAAAUUGCAGUUGGUUAUUUUUGUCAUAUUCAUAAAGUUGUUGAACUUCCCAGUUGUUUUUCAGUGUUUAGCAAAAUAGGAUUUCAUCUUUUCAAGCAGUGACUGAAGGGUUAGUGUUAAUAUAUACAAGAGAUAUUUACUUUGAUAUGAUUUAUUACAGUAAUAGAUACUAGUAAAUAUUUAGUCAAGGAUA